AUGAACGACUCUGAGGAUGCAGUUCACCAUCGUGAAGUCGACCUCAGUCGCAUAGAAGCACCAUCGACGCACAAGACCUACGUCAUCUGCGCCUUUGCUGCCUUUGGUGGCAUUUGUUUCGGGUACCAAACGGCUGUUAUGUCCGGGCUCCUCGGCACCCCUUACUUCAUCGAGUUCCACAAGGCGCUCAUGACCAGCAUUCUGGCUUGUGGUGUUCUGGUAGGAGCUCUCGUGGCUGGUGACAUGGCAGAUACGUUCGGACGGCGAAAGAAUGUCAUCCUCGGGAGCCUGGUUCUCUGUGUUGGAAAUGCUCUGCAGAUGUGCGCCGAACACCAUGUUGUACUGUUCGUGCUGGGGAGGCUGAUCGCCGGCCUUGGCCUUGGCUUCAUCUCGGCCGUCAUUGUCAUGUACAUUUCGGAGAUUGCCCCUAAGCGGUGUCGAGGGGCAUUCAUAGCCGCGUAUCAGUUUUGUAUCAGCUUGGGGGUUCUGCUGGCCAACUCGGCCGUGUACUCGGCCGAGGGUCGAGACGACAGCGGCGCGUAUAGGAUCCCGAUAGGCGUCCAAUUCCUGUGGGCUAUGAUCCUCGGGGUUGGCCUCGCUGUGUUGCCCGAAUCGCCUCGGUACUUGAUCAAGAAAGGUCGGAUUUCGGAAGCCAAGAGGGCCUUGGCUCGCGUCCGGGGACAACCUCUCGACUCUGAAUGUGUGCAGGAUGAGAUCGCCGAGCUAGUUGCCAGCCGCGAGUACGAGCUGUACCUCAUCCCUCGCACCAGCUACAUUGGCUCCUGGCUCCUGUGCUCCAAGGGUCCUAUACGAAACGGCAGCAGUCCUAUUCGCCGCACGAUACUCGGUAUGUCCAUCCAAAUGAUGCAGCAGCUGACGGGGAUCAACUUUAUAUUCUACUUUGGCGUAACGUUCUUUCAGCAACUGGGCUCCGUUGACAAUCCGUUCCUCAUCGCGCUCAUCUUCACGCUGGUCAACGUCUGUUCCACGCCCAUCUCCUUCUUCACCAUAGACAGGUUCGGUCGGCGGCCUCUGCUCAUCUACGGCGCCAUUGGCAUGAUCGUCAUCCAAUUCAUGAUCGCAUGCAUCGGCAUCACGGAGGGACGGCGCGACCAAAAAAACCUCUUCGCCGUCAGGGCCAUGAUCGCCCUCAUCUGCAUGAACAUAUUCUGCUUCGCCAUCACGUGGGGGCCAACGGCCUGGGUGGUGGUCGGCGAGUCGUUCUCCCUGCCCAUGCGCUCGCGCGGCAUCGGCAUCUCGACGGCGUCAAACUGGUUCUGGAACUGCGUCAUCGCCACGUGCACACCCUUUCUCGUCGGCGGGGACAAGGGCGAGGCGAACCUGGGGCCCAAGAUCUUCUUCAUUCUCGGCUCGACCUGCUGCCUCUCUCUCGCGUUUGCGUACUUUUUGGUGCCCGAGAUGAAGGACUUGUCGCUGGAGCAGAUUGAGAUGAUGAUGGAUGAGUCGUCGCCUAGGUGCUCGCCCGCGUACAGAGUGCUGAAGGGGUUUACCCAGAUGCGUGGCGACAGGGUGCUGCGCCAGAUGCGGUCUGUUUCUGCUGAUUGCGAGAGCAGCAAGUUGACGCCGCGAUCUCAUGUGGUCGAAGAGGGUGGGCGGUAA